AUGGCCUAUGGUUCGUCGUCCCCUUUGCCGUCGCCGCGGCAUUUGAGCUCUGUGCCCCGAACGCCUUCUUCCCGCGCACGAGCAUCGAUACCGGCCCGCGACGGCGACGAGCUUGCGGGCGACACGAUUCCCUGUUCGCCCACGGCCUUUUGGCGGGGCCCCGAUUCCACGCAACCGACCCAGAUUCUCUCCCGCCCAACCCUUCACUAUCCACCAGAGCCAUCCUCGCCCGCCACCGUCGUCGAGGUGCCCGCCUCGUCUCCAUUUCAGCGCAAGGAAGCGCCGCGGCUCGGCUUGCGGCUCGCUCCAGCGGGCACCGUUUUUCGACCGCCGGUCGCCGCCAUGGCUCCCAAGCGUCCGCCUACCGAGCCCAUCAAUCUCAUAUCCGACGAUGAGGACGGUCUGGCGCCCUCCAGAGCAGAUAUCCGCCCCACCACGUUCAAGGCACAGAUGGCCGCUUUUGCCUACAACCCCGCCACCGAGGAGCGGGAAACCAAGAAAAAAUUGAGACAGGUGUACGACGCUCUGGGCGGUACAUAUCCGCCUGAGCAAGUUAGAAAAGCGCUCAAGGCGUGCGAUAACGACCUCGAUGACGCCAUCACCUGGCUGGAAAGAGAGCCGCCGAGCCAGGGCAGGCGUGCACAGCAGCAGCAGCCGCCUGCGGAACCUCGAGGCCGUAGGCUGGUCUCCAAGGGCACAUUAAAGAGAUCGGCAAAUAAUUCUAGUUCCUUACCGCCCGAGCCACCUGCCACCGCUAUUUCGGGCCCGCCGAAGCAGCCGCGACGUCGUCUGGUCCAGGGCUUGCGGAAUCGGAGCGACUCGUCAUCUCAGAGGGAGGACGCCUAUCAGGCUGAAAACUCGCCCGAGCCCAAGGAAAAUGACGACGACCGAGCCUUGGCCUGCAUCAACACUAGCAGGCUGCAAGAGCUAGCGGCCAUGACCGGCAUGAAGGAGAACCUGCUCGAGCCGCUGAUCGCCAGACGGCCUUUCAGCGACCUGGCUCAGGCGAGACGCGUCACCUCGGACAAGAAGCCCGGAUCCCGCAAGGCCGCCAAGAUCAGCAUCGGCGACUCUGUCGUGGAUGCCGUUCAGGUGUUCCUCAACGCCGUCUCCGCCAUCGACAACGUCGUCGCUCAGUGCGAGCUGAAGGCGCGGACAGUCAAGAGCGUCGUGGACACAUGGGACAUUGACUCCUUUGGGCACGAUAAGAGAAGCGGGCGGGCGACGCCGGAUAAGGACAUGCCGCCGACUCCAACGAGUAUCGUGAGCUCGAGGUACACGCGUCCUCUGGUACCACAGCAACCAACCCUCAUGGACGGGCACUGCGAGAUGAAGCCCUUUCAACUGUUUGGCUUAAAUUGGAUGUCUUUGCUGUACAACUAUGACAUUGGCUGCAUCCUGGCCGACGAGAUGGGCCUGGGGAAGACGUGCCAAGUCAUUUCCUUCAUCUGCCAUCUGGUCGAGGAGCACGAGCGGCAGGGCCGCGGCAAACGGCCAUGGCCCAACCUGAUUGUUGUUCCACCCAGCACCUACAAUAACUGGCUGAUCGAGUUUGAGAGAUUUGCCCCAGACCUGUCUGUCAUUGGCUAUCGAGGCACGCAGUCGGAGCGGGCCGAGAUCGCGUGGGAGAUUGACCAGGAGCCCGAUGCCUACCAUGUGGUCCUGGCCACGUAUUCUCAAAUCAACUCGGAUCAAGACGUUGAGGCAAUGCAGGCACUUCGCCUGAACGCGGCCAUAUACGACGAGGGGCACAAGAUGAAGAACCCCGAAACCAAGCUGUACAAGGACCUCCGGCAGAUUCCGGCAACAUGGAAGAUGCUGCUGACAGGCACGCCUGUGCAGAACAACCUCCUGGAGAUGACGUCCCUUCUCAGUUUCAUCAACCCCAGGAUAGACGUCUCGAAUGGGGCAUUCCUCUACAACGAACGGGUGAAGCGGGCUCGCACCAUCUUGGAGCCGUUUAUCCUGCAGCGGCGCAAGGACCAGGUCCUGUCGGACAUGCCGCGAAAAAUCAGCACGGUGGUUCAUUGCGAUAUGAGCGAGACGCAGCGGCCGGUGUACGACGAGUACGAGGAGACAUUCAGGCUGGAGCCGUCGCAGCGUGUCGGACGGACUGUCGGACGUCAAAACGACCAGAACAACGUGUGGAUGCAGCUCCGAAAGGCCGCUCUGCACCCGCUCCUCUUCCGACGCCAAUUUACGGAUAAAAAGGUCGAGGCCAUGGGCAGGAUUUUGAUGGACAAGGUCCCGCAGUCGGAGCUUCACCAACCGGACCUCAAGCACCUCAUCCAGGAGCUCAAGAACGCGUCCGACUUCGAGCUCCAUCUCUGGUGUCGCGAUUACCCGCGGCUCCUGAAGCAGUUUGACAUUCCGCCGUCGGCAGAACUUGACAGCGGAAAGGUCAAGAAGCUGCUGCAGCUGAUUGGUCAAUACCAGAAGAACGGAGACCGCGUUCUGGUGUUCAGCAAGUUCUCGCGGCUCAUUGAGCUCCUUCGGGAAGUGCUUGCUCGUCAGGACAUUGAACAUCGAGUCUUGAUGGGCAACACGAACGUCUCGGAGCGGCAGACGCUGAUUGACGAGUUCAACGGAAACCCCGAGAUUCCCGUCUUUCUGCUCACCACCGGGGCUGGCGGUACGGGCAUCAACCUUACCGCGGCGAACAAGGUCAUCAUCUUUGACCAGUCGGACAACCCGCAGGACGACAUCCAGGCGGAGAACCGGGCGCACCGUCUGGGCCAGCAGCGAGAAGUGGAGGUGGUGCGGCUCAUUUCCUCGCACACCGUCGAGGAGCUCCUCUACAAGGCGUGCCAGAAGAAGAUCGAGCUCGCCAACAAGGUGACCGGUGCGGUGGAAGAGCCGGAGGCGGAGGUGAAUAUGGAGAGGGAAGUGCGGAAGUUGAUGGAGCAGGAGAUGACGCCGCCGUAG